AUGACGUCCGAAAGAAAGAAGAUGUUCCCAUUGUUUAAUUUGGACGACGUUGUUGAUAAUUCAUGUCAAAGGUAUGAAGACGAUACAAUUUCUGCUAAAGAUUUUGAGGUACGCUGUUAUGCUGGUUUUUCUGUACAUAUUUUACUGAAUUUUAAUUGCUUAUAUUUAUACUUUAAAGACUGCUCCAAAUCUGAAAUUAUUGCUUGCUUGAAAUUUACUUGGGAGCCACCACUUAGCUUUGCUUUUCCAGUACAAAUAGAAGGCAAUCGAACCCGUAAAUUUCAAGAUAGAUAUUUACAACCGUUUCCUUGGUUAGCGUAUAGCAAAGAUAAACAAGGAGCAUUUUGUAAAAGGUGUGUUAUUUUUAUAACUUCUGGUGGAGGAGUUGGCAACCAGUCUCUUGGUAAACUAGUUAAAGAACCAAAGGUCAAAUAUAAGCAUGCUCUGACUGAUUUAAAUAAUCAUGCCAAGACUGAAUAUCAUCUUCUUGCAGAACAGAGGGCUAAUGAUUUUUUGCAUAACUAUGAAACUGGAAAUGAAAAAGCUGUUAAUGUACUUCUUGACAGCCGCAAUAAGCAAGUAAUAGAAUAUAAUCGAAAACUACUCAUACCUAUAGUAAAAACAAUAAUAUUCUGCCCACAAAAUAAUUUAGCUCUACGUGGUCACCGAGAAAUAGGAAUUGAAUGUGGCGAUUCAGAUCUUUUAACUAAUUUAGAAACUUCCAAUAAAAAUUAUGUACUAAACUGUGUAAUCCGUGAAGACUUCUUAGGUUUUAUCAAAAUGGAAUCAACAACAGGAAUUGUUAUAAUGACUGCUAUACAAAUUAAAUUAGAAAAUAUAGGUCUCACUUUUGAAAACCUUCGUGGGCAAGGUUAUGACGGAGGUUCCAAUAUGUUGGGCGUUAAUAAUGGUGUAAAAUCAUUAAUUUUAAAAAAACAACCAUUAGUUUUUUACACACAUUGUUUAAGUCAAUGUCUUAACUUAUGUUUGUCUAAAGCUUGUAAUGUACCUGCAAUAAAAAAUAUGAUGGGAACUAUUCAGUCUGUUUCUGGUUUGUUUUCUAACUCUGCAAAAAAAACAGAAAAACUUAAGUCUGUUAUAGAAAGUAGUGAAAUAUAA